ACAAUUUUUCUGAAACUCUCGCGGAGGAGACUGUGGGGGGUCUGGGGAGCGGUAACCUGAAACCCCCCACCCUAAAUCGCCCCAUCACUAAACAAACCAGCAGAGCAAAAAGGGAGCGGCUUGAUCUGACGGUACCCAGCAUGUCCCGGCUGCUCCACUGCAGUAGGCUCUGACAAUGAGCAUCAACUCCUCUUUCAGUCACAAGAACACCUCAGGAAACCUUACCGUUCUGGAAAAUGGAGCAGGCAGAGUGACGGAGUCCAUUGCUAUUAUUGUCAUUGCCAUUCUUAUCUGUUUGGGGAACCUGGUGAUUGUCCUCACGCUCUACAAGAAGUCCUACCUCCUCACACUCAGCAACAAGUUUGUCUUCAGCCUUACCCUCUCCAACCUCCUGCUUUCUGUGCUUGUGCUUCCUUUCGUUGUGACCAGCUCCAUCCGUCGGGAAUGGAUCUUCGGCGUGGUCUGGUGCAAUUUUUCUGCCCUGCUGUAUAUGCUAAUCAGCUCUGCCAGUAUGCUUACCCUCGGACUCAUUGCUAUCGACCGGUACUAUGCUGUCCUGUACCCAAUGGUUUACCCAAUGAAGAUUACAGGAAACAGGGCAGUUUUGGCCAUUUUAUAUGUUUGGCUACAUUCUCUGAUUGGAUGCCUUCCUCCCCUCUUUGGUUGGUCUUCUUUAGAGUUUGAUCAAUUCAAAUGGAUGUGUGUGGCUGCAUGGCAUAAACAGGCAGGCUACACUGCCUUUUGGCAGAUCUGGUGUGCACUGCUCCCUUUCAUGGUCAUGAUGAUUUGCUACGGAUUCAUCUUCCGCGUGGCCAGGAUUAAAGCACGGAAGAUCCACUGUGGGAGUGUGGUGAUUGCAGAAGAAGAUGCUCAAAGGAACGGGAGAAAGAACUCUAGCACUUCGACUUCCUCCUCCGGCAGCCGAAGGAACGCUUUCCAAGGGGUGGUUUAUUCUGCCAAUCAGUGCAAAGCUUUGAUAACCAUCUUGGUUGUGAUUGGUGCUUUUGUCAUUACAUGGGGGCCUUACAUGGUGGUAAUAACCUCUGAGGCACUUUGGGGGAAAAACAGUAUUUCCCCUACGUGGGAGACCUUGGCAACUUGGUUAUCUUUUACGAGUGCGAUCUGCCACCCUUUGAUUUAUGGACUUUGGAAUAAAACUGUACGCAAGGAAUUAUUGGGAAUGUGCUUUGGAGACCGGUACUACAGAGAAUCAUUUGUACAACGACAGAGGACAUCCAGAUUAUUUAGUAUUUCUAAUAGAAUCACAGAUCUGGGACUAUCUCCCCACCUCACGGCUCUCAUGGCAGGUGAGAGGACUUUAGGACACAGCAGCAGCACAGGAGAUACAGGCUUCAGCUGUUCUCAGGAUUCAGGAACAGAUGUUAUGUUGCUAGAAGACUACAGUUCUGAUGGAGUUCACCACCCACAUUGUGUGUAUCCCCAUCGACGCCGGAGUUCUGUGACAUUUGAAGAUGAAGUGGAACAAAUUAAAGAAGCAGCAAAGAAUUCUGUGCUUCAUGUGAAAGCUGACGUUCAUAAGUCUUUGGACAGCUACGCCUCCAGCUUGGCCAAAGCUAUCGAAGCCGAUGUGAAGAUCACUUUGUUUGGAGGAGACGCUUUACCUGGCUCUUUGUUUCCAGUGCGAACUGUGGCAGGAAGCAAUCCCUGCACACGGCGGGGCGGCAGGAGCCAUGCCGGCCAAAGACUGCAGCUACAGAGCAUCGAGGAAGGGAAUUCUUAGAAUCACUUCCACAGGGGAACAAACAAAACCACUAAAGACGAUGCAGGGCUCUUCUUUCUUGUGAAAGAAAACAAAAAGCCUCCAGUUUUUUUUUUAAAUCAAGAAAAAGACUUGAAGACUUGUCUUAACAGUAUUAGAGUGUGUGUGUGCAAUUUUUCUUCUCUCCCCCCCCCAAUUCCUGUAGGAUAAAAUUUGGGUGAUCAGGUGGUGGCUUGCCUAGGAAGCAGAUUUAAAACAAAAGGGAACUCAAGAACAAGAAACAACCCACUCAGAACAUGAAUGAUAACUUGCAGGUUGUCUUGUUUUCAGUGGCAUUGCACGGCUUGCAGCUUCCUUUUCCAGCCUUCCCCCCCCCUCUUCAGUCUACCAACACAGCUAGCAAUAUCUUCCCCUCUAUCUGCCUGGAAAAUAUCACAAAUACAGUCUGUUUGCUGUAAAAUAAUAUAACGAACAAUUGUUGUCUUAAUAGAUCAAAUACGAGGCCUAUCCAGUCUUGUGUUGAGGAAAGGUUGAGGAUUUGGGUAGCUCCCCUGCUAGGCUCUUACUCAUAGUUCACUCUUUUUUGGAGGGGUGGGGGUGUCCCUUUUUACAACUAGCAAAGGCAUCCAGCGAUUGUCAUUCUGUACUUUACCCUGUGGUUCUUUCUUUUCCAAAGAUGCAGAAAGUAUAGUUGUUUCUGGGAAAACAGUGUGGUGCCAUCUCCAUCAGAAUAUACUGCAUAUUUUUUUAAAGUGCUAUUCUUUCAUAUAUAUCUAAGCGAGUGCAGUUUGGACAUAUGCAGAGACAUACAGAGGAUUCAGCAUUUCAGCUCAGGAUUCUGGCAGAUUAAAGGAAGGAAAAAAGUGCAAAAUAUUGUUGCAUUUUAAAUUUAUUUCUGGAUCAAAAUCUAUUUGUUCAAACACAAGAAAUCUGAAAAAGUGGAUUCUGAUCAAGAAAAGUUCAGACUGUAACAUAUUUUGUAGUCUUUAAAGUGCCACAAUGGCUGAAGUCUUAUAGUAAGUCACAACUAAAUUAGGCCCAUUGUUUUGGUAAAUCAGUUCCUUCAUAAGUUCCAGUGAUUCAAUUGUGACUAUGGGAUUUCAGCAAAUCGGUUAUCAUUUUGAUUAAUUUUUUCCUCUUUAUUUUUGUCAACAUGUCAGUUCAGUACAUUGUAACCUUUGCAAUAGGCACUCCCAAAACAAUAGUUAAAAAAACUGACCAAAAUAUGUUGAAAAAAUGAUAGUGACUGGAGCAUACCACUGAAAAUUUGAAAAUUUACAAAAUUCUGUCACUGCCGCUAAUUACAGUACCUUGCCAAAAAUGGCAGCGAGUACUUUCCAUCUCCAUUAUUUUCUUUAGAAGAGAUUAAAGGUCAUUUUAGGGAUAUUUUAAUAUUUUUCCAUCUAUAAAAUAGUAUUGCUGGAAAAGGUUUUAGCACUAAAAAGCUGAAGUAAAAAGUUGAUAAGCUUGUCCCUACAGCAAAGAUUAUUUUUACUGUAAACAAGAUAUGACUGAAGUGUGUUCUGUGGACUCUCCUAAACGUGUGUAAACCUUUUCUUUUCCAAAUGUGAUUCUAAAAAAGUCCCUUUCUGCCCUCUUCCUUUGGCAUGUUUUAGGCCCUUCCAUAGCAUUGUGCUCCAGCCAAACCCCCAUCCUUAUUAUUUUGUUUUAAAUGCCACAAAAAAAGACUUUUUUCAGCAAAACUAGAAAAAGUUAAGAAAUCUGCUGGGGAAACAGCCAGAUGUGCACAUGUACCAGUUUAUAAAUCAGUGCUAUCUAUUCAGUCAUUCUUGGUUUAUCGGCGUAUAGCACCUAAUUUCAUAUUAUCACUCCCAGAUUUUUCAGAAGCUGUAUUGCUUUUCGGCCUUGAUUCCUCUAAAACAAGUGGGCAUUUUCCUAUGUCAUGCUUUGCCUACAUUAUAAUCAGACUUUGACAAACAUCAGUCAACGAUGAGACUUCCUCUCAAAAUACAGCAUGGCAAAAUACACCCAGCAGUCUUUGGUUAAACCUGGGCCCCCCAAACUGUUUUUCUACUGAGGGCCACAUUCCCUUUAGGUAGUCCUUGGGGACCACGCAUCAGUAGUAGACUGGCUUACAGCCUAAGCUGGACUGAUUACUUAUUUUUGCCAGCCUUUUCUGCUUUCCUCUUCAUUCCUACCCAGCAAGCUAAUAGGAACAGAGGAUUGUCAGAGGUCUGAACUAAUCACUUGCAGAAAUUAGGCUGCAGGCUGCAUUUUGCACGCCCUUUGGUUAAGAAAGGGCCGAUCCAGAAUAGCCAACCUGGACUGCAAUAGCAGGAGUCAAAUUCUUAGUCUUUUCCCCAGACAUUUUCUUAGCUUAUAUUUACAAUAUUUCAACUGUACUAAGUACAAGCUUGAAAUGUUUUCCUGCAAUACUGAUAGGCCUCAGUAACUUUUGAGAAACAUGAUAAGCACUCCACUGAUCCUCCUUUCUACACGCACUUGCUACAUUUUAUACUUCCUUCACCUUUUCUUCAUUGUAAACUGAGAUUAACCAGACCUUCCAGAUAUAGAGAAAUCAGGUCCAGAUCAGCCCCAGGUGGCUGACAAUUGAAAAUGGAGCAAAUAUAAGGCAAAAUAACUUUUGAAAGGAAUAUUGAAAUCUGGCCCACAGGUAAACAUCCUCUUGCAGCAUCUUAAUAUCGCAUCUGUGAUAGGCACAUAUGGGCAAAAAGAUAUUUCUUUGGCUACAACUCUCAGAAUCCCAUAGAUAGUGACUGUACUGACUGAGGAAUUCUGGAAAUUAGUAAAAAAGUAAUUUUUGCCAUGCCUUUCAAGAUGCUCACAGCACUCAGUUUCCAGACGAUCUUGGACCAAGUUUACGGCAAUGGAAAGUGAUGUCCCAAGUUUUAAAAAAAACAUAUAUUUUCAAGUGGUUGAGAAAGUUUUCUCUUUAUUUCAGUUAAAAAAUAUUUGAUGCUAGCCGCACUUUUACAGUGGGUGGAAUGAAAGAUAGUAUAGCUACAGUCAGUGUAGGGCGUUAUAUUGCAGCAGUUAAUGAAAACAUUCUCAUAAGAGUUGGUUGAAUGUUCAGUUUGUAUCUCCUUCCCAAGUUUUA